AUGGCAGAAGGCCAAGAAGAACCGAAAAAAAUAACAAUUACAGUAAAAACUCCUAAGGAGAAACAACAAGUAGAAAUUGAGGAAGAUGCUGACAUCAAAAAACUCAAAGAUGUGCUGUCUCCAAAGUUCAACGCCGAACCUGAACAGUUAUGUCUAAUUUUUGCUGGGAAAAUUAUGAAUGAUAGCGAUACUUUGAAGCAACAUAAUAUUAAGGAUGGCUUGACCAUACAUCUAGUUAUCAAGACGCCACCAAGACCAGAGCCUGAAGGAGGCACACGCCGUCCACCAGCUGAUAUUAGCGCUACACCAUUUGGAUUAAAUUCACUUGGCGGUCUUGCAGGCCUAGAAAGUCUUGGUCUAGGUCAGAGUACUUUUAUGGACUUGCAGGCAAGAAUGCAGCAGGAACUCCUAUCAAAUCCUGACAUGCUAAGGCAAGUUUUGGACAAUCCACUAGUGCAACAAAUGAUGAAUGACCCAGAGAAUAUGCGUUCACUUAUUACAUCUAAUCCCCAAAUGCAGGACUUGAUGGCUAGAAAUCCAGAGAUAAGUCACAUGCUGAACAAUCCCGAGCUACUACGCCAGACUAUGGAAUUGGCUCGUAAUCCUGCAAUGCUUCAAGAACUGAUGAGAUCGCAUGACCGGGCACUUUCAAAUCUCGAAAGUAUACCAGGUGGAUACAACGCACUGCAGCGGAUGUAUCGCGACAUUCAAGAGCCAAUGUUGAAUGUGGCUAGCAGCAUGGCGGGAAAUCCAUUCUCUGGUCUUGUGGACAAUUCAGACGGUACAAAUCCACAACAAGGUGCCGAAAACCGGCAGCCAUUGCCGAAUCCGUGGCAGCGCGGUGGUGGAGGUGGUGGCACUGGCACUGGUACUGGUACUGGUGGAACUGGUCCUGGUCUCAUCAACACACCUGGCAUGCAGUCGCUGCUGCAACAGAUGUCUGAGAAUCCGCGUCUAGUGCAGUCCAUGUUGUCCGCGCCCUACACCAACAAUAUGCUUCAGGCACUAGCCGCGGAUCCUGAUAUGGCUUCACAACUUAUCAAUCAGAAUCCGAUGUUUGCAAACAAUCCACAGUUGCAAGAACAAAUUCGUACAAUGAUGCCCCAGAUGCUGGCACAGUUACAGAAUCCCGAAAUGCAACAGAUGAUGUCCAAUCCGCAGGCACUGAAUGCACUGCUGCAAAUACAACAAGGCAUUGAGCAGCUGCGCACCGCGGCGCCGAGCCUCGUGAACAACCUGGGGCUGGGCGUGGCGGCGGCCGGCGCGCAGCCCGCCGCGACCCCCGCCGCCGGCACGCCCGCCGCCCCCGCCAACUCCGCCACCCCCGCCGCGCCGAACAACGCUCCGCCCCGCCAGCAGCAGAACACUGAGCUCUUCACACAGUUCAUGCAACGCAUGAUGUCAGCUAUGUCAAACAACCAAAACAACUCAAACCAGCCACCAGAACAACGCUACUCGCAACAACUUGAACAGCUCGCAGCUAUGGGUUUUCUCAACAGAGAGGCAAAUUUGCAAGCGCUGAUUGCGACGUUCGGCGACAUAAAUGCGGCAGUGGAGAGGCUACUAGCCCUCGGACAAUUAUCUAUGAGCUAA